UGCGAAACAUACAUUCCAGGUAUUCAACCUUGCUGCUUGCCUCGCCCUUACUUAUAAGAGGUCAUAGUCCUACCUCUUCGAUUACACUCGUUCUUCAAACUAAAUCUCUAAGCAAAAGCACCUAUAAUCAUCGCCAGCAUAUACUUACGAGAACCCUCAACACUAAAUCAGCCAAAAUGCCUCUCGUCGUCCCCGGUAUCACCGACAACUCUCAAGACAAGACCACCGAGUGGUCCAGCAAGCUAGUCGGAAAGACGGUGUCCGACGAUGGCCAUAGCGAGACGAACUUCUGCAAGAAGGAUCUCCCGCAGCAAUGUCGUGUUAUUCAACCCGGCAUGAUGGUGACUAAGGAUUUCGUCCCGGACCGACUGAAUGUUCAUGUCAAGGAAGACGGCACUGUAAGCCAUGUCCAGCAUGGUUAGAUAUGGAUAUGCCACAUACGUAAUUGAUACCCCUCUGUAUGGAAGACAGAAAGUUGUGGGAGAUGGGAUGGAAACCUAAGGGAGAUUUGUGAGAAAGGAACAGUUUGUAUUAGGUGCUUAAUAUGAUAUCCUUUCACCAUAAGCAAUGAGAAUGACUUAUCAAAAAUCAUAUGUGAAAUUUUUUGAUUUAUUUUCUUUUCUUUGUUAGAUCGACAGAUCCUCAAGAUGCCGCAUGAUGGACGAUCAGCACUGAUGAAC